AUGUUUUUCCUGGGCAGCAGUCUACUAUGGUGUACGAAAACGGCGGAUUUCACGGUGUAUGAAGGUCUAUCAGAUGCACAUUCACCUUCAGAGUACCGCGUCAACCCAGUGUCUCAAAACAUUCCUGCCUUCGCUGAUGCCUUCCACUGCUCAUCAGAGUCGAGAAUGAAUCCGAAGACACGAUGUUCUUUAUGGUGA